AUGCCAUUAUCUUCAUCCGAGUGCAUCACCUGGUUUGCGGUAACCCUGACCGUGUGUGCUGCUAUAGUAACAGUGAACCUUCUAUCAAUCAUUCUUUUUAUAAAAAACCGCAGUCUUCGCACUCGUGCCAUGUACCUAGUUAUAAGCCUGACCAUAGCUGAUAUGUUUGUCGGAGGAUUUUCUCACUUUAAUUUAUUUCGACACCUCUCACGUCUGUCAUGCGACAUUGUGAAAAUGAACUUAAGCCUGGAACUGAAAGUGAUAAUUUACUUUCUCUUCUCCUGCUUUCCUCUGACCUCUCUAACAAACAUUGCAGUCAUUUCAUUAGAUCGGAUGCAUGCAACAGUUCGUCCCUUCAGGCAUCGCCUCAUCAAAAAGUGGGUCUACGGGGUAACAAUUGCUGGUGUCUGGGUUUUAGCUGCAAUGGUAUCAACUGUCAUUUUAAUACUUCAGCUAUAUGGGAAGGAACGGUCGUAUAUAUAUAGUUUUUUCUUAUUGUCAUCAUACUGUUGUUUGUGUCUAUUUGUUAUCUGUGUUUCUUACUCUUCCAUUGUUGUUAAAUUUUUGUGUGGAGCGCAUCCUCAGCACCGUGGAGCAGCCAACAGACAAAGGAAACUAACCGUAACAUUAUUCAUAAUGACUAUCGUAUCCUUAUUGAUGUGGCUACCACAUGCGGUUCUUACUUUUCGUUCUAUUAAAUCUAGUAUCAUGAAAUUCCUUUCUUCCCAGGAAUUAGAACGUUUAUACUUGUAUAUAACCAUUCUAUAUUUUAUGAACUCACUUGUUAAUCCCAUCGUUUACACAAUCAGAAUGCCAGAGUUUAGGAAAGCUCUCCUGCUGUUAUUUAAACGUCAACGAAGACAAAAUGCCCAAGAUAUUCCUCUUCAUGCGCUUUAAUGUACUUUGUUUAACACUUGGAGGCCAACUUAUGAUUUCGUCAUCUUCAUAAAAAACAAAACAAACAGUAGUUGAUUGUAUACUAUUUUUGCGACCUUUAAAGUUCGAUAAAAAGGCCGUAAAUAAAUGUUGUGGUGCAAUUUUUUCCUUGGUUCAAAUGCUUUUUUCCUUUGUUUUUAACUCUGAUUCUCAAUCGUACAUAACUAUACCGCAACACAAAGGAAAACAAAAUCUAAACCAUUGAUGAGUUGAACCACAGUAUUUCGUCAAAUACUUCAACUAAAUAUAGAGCCGGUUAGUAGUCUCGUUUAUCUUUUCGUUACGUUUAGAGACUCUUUAGAAUGCUUCCAAAAAUAUGAAAAGAUAUCCUUUACAUUUCCUUGUUUUAGAGUUAGUCAUUAUGAUUGUGGUCGAAAAACAUGAAAUAUAUCCAUUAUGUACAUUUAAUAAGCGCAGAAGUUGUUUAGUUCUUAAUUUGUUAUUUCACAACGUAAUAUCUACUUUAAUAAUGCGACUUGUUUUGAAGGUAAAAUACCUCUGUUAGUAAAAUCAGCAUUUUAAGACACUUCAAUAAAGUUGCUAUUUAUAUAAACAGGAUUUCUUUACGUUCUUAUCUGUGUCUGGAAUAUCACAGGGAAUGGGCCGGAAAAAUGCUGAAAUGGGAAAAGCAUACUUCAGUGUCCUAAAGAUGGGAAAAGUCAGAAGAUUGUUAAAAGUGUCUCUUUUUUUCACGCCAAUUUUAGGAGAGGAUUAUACUGAAUGUUGUUUUUCCUCGUUGUGUGGUUAAGGACAUUUGUAUACAGCUUGCCAGAUACAUUCAAGACUCUUUCUGCCACUAUUGUUGAACAUUUCCGAGUCUUUUUUUGAGAGAUAAUAGAUAGCCAAAUCUGGGAAGGGAAGUCAAUUGAAAAACUUUGAAAAUCAUAGAUGAAUGAAGAGUCAUCAAAACUAUUUAGCCUUUCUCGAGAAACAGAAAUUUGUAAAGAAGAGUUUUGCUUCUUUAAACAUAUAUUUUACAUCAGAAAACUUUCCCCUGAUAAAUGAGGAUGGAGACCUAUCAAAUAGUCUGGAUUGAAUAUUGUCGUCACUUUAAACUAAAUCCAGUAAAUCCAUCUUGUCAGUUCGUGUGCUUAAACUGCGCCAUCAUUGGUGAAAGGUUCUUAGACGCUCAAACAUUGGAGCGAACGUUUCCUCAGAAGGAAGAAUAGUGAUCCUACCAAGAAAGAUUAAAACAUGAAACCGUUUAAAGUUAUUUCCUUCGUAUGGAUAGUGGGUCUGAAAAAUCAAAACGUUUUGGUCCAAUUUCAUCACACUUUCACACGCUGACAGAACGUCACUUUUACAGACAAGUCGCUUUUAGGACGCCUUUUCCCACGUAAGUUUAAGCUCUGGUCCAUACCGUAUAAUCCCGGUUGUAAUCCCUUCUAUUUGUAAACACCAACUUUAUCCCAGUUGCAGGCCCUCCACUAAGCCCCCAUCACCCCUGCUAUGGGCCAAUCUGUGUAUACCCUUAUUGCGUUCGUCAGAACGCAUCCUAAUUUGGUGUUCCUGUGGCACAAAGGCAGAAUUUUGGGGGGUUGGGGGGAAAGAGGCGUCUUUUCCAAUUUAAAGGUGCAGUCAAUCUAAUCAAUCUAAAUAUAUAAGACAAGCCUGUGAAAACCUUGUGACACAAGGGCGCAAAUGAUAUCACAGAGAGGUUUUUAAAAUCAUCAAAAUUCCGACCUGAAGUUGAUGGCCCUUGUUAAUUCAAAUCUAAUUACCUGUAGUAACAGUUGUUACCGCUGCCUUUCAUAUAAAAAACGUGGCCAGGAAUCAUUGGUUUCCCUAAUACUUAUCCACUGGAUAGAGAUUUAUCACGUGGAUAACGCUAUCCAUCUUUUGAAAAACCGGGUCUGAAUUCCGAAUUUCAAACCCCAGAACUGAUUCCAGAUCAGUCUACAAGAAAAGAAUUCCCAGGUUCCGGAAUCUGGAUUACCGUACACUUAGGAUAUCCAUUACUGACAGUAUUCUGCAGUGUGGCAAUAGAGAUCAAGGCCGGAAACAGGACAUGAUACCUUGGCUGCCUCGAAACCUUUUAGUUUGGAAUUGUUAUCCGCGGAAACGCAUACAUUGCACCUGCCACCUCGUUACACUUAACAUUUUCCAUUGAGUUAAAAACCUUCCUUGUCAUCUUUGCUUUCUUCUUGUAGGAAUCUUUGAUGGAUGUUACUUCCUGUACAACGAGUUGAGCAAAAAAAAAAUAAUAAUGCAUUACGCAUAGAUAUGAAAAGAUUGGAGAUUCCCUUUUAUAAUUUCCCUAGUACGUCGCACUUGAAGAUCAUUUUCUAUGCAUUUAAGAAGACUGCCAAAUAUUUCGGGAAUAAAUCGGAAUUUUUUUGUUUUGGAGGCAAGGUCACAAAUGUUUGGGUGACAAUACAAUACAAUACAAUACAAUUCAAUAAAAUGCAAAGCAAAGCAAUGCAAUGCAAUACAAUACAAUGCUAUAACUUUUAUUUAACGCGGUCAAAUCUGCUUAGCUAUAUAGCUACUUUACAGACAUGAAGGAAGAAGGUUUAAAUUGUUACAAUUCAGAGAUAAAGCCUGAAUAAUGUUAUAACCGUAGCGGCUUAUGAGACAUGCUGAAAAAUAAGAGCACAAAACAGGAAAGGUCUAAUUAUUCCAAUGGAAUUCAUGCAUAUAGUGUAAUCAAAAAACUAAAAGAAAUUAAUACAUUUUGGCGCGCAAAUAAUAGCGGUGCCCUGGGAAGAGGAACUCAUUCACUCGCCGCCAGUCCCUACGCAGGCCAAAGGAUCUGUAGUUAAAUUGUGUUUUCUUUUGUACUAUAUUACACUUCGAAUUCUGUUUUACUUGGCAUAAUUUUAUCAAAAAAGUUCAGGAAAAAAUUCAGGAACUAUCUAUAUGAAAUAAGCUAUAAAUUGAAACUGUAAGGACACGUAGAGAAACUACAGCUUGUGUCCUGCUUUGCUUGAAUGAUGCACGGACGCGAAAUAAUCGUUGUGUGUGUCCAUCAAAUAGGGUCGAUUGGUUGUGGGCUGAUUAAAACAAGGAAGUUCAAGUUAACAAAAAGCAUAAUUCAGCAGCAAAUUGUUAGUUAUUUAGUGGGGGUAGAUACAUUUAGGGGUGAAAAAUGAUGGCCAAGACAAUUAUUCAUGGUAAUUACUGAAGCUUUAAUAGUGAAAUAUUAUUUCCCAAAACAGAUGUGCGGAUAGUUUAUAAGAACGUAUAAAUCGAGGAAAGAUUAUUUUUCGCUGGAGUUACCUCCAACGCAGACGUCUUUUACAAGCCGAACUGAUAUUUUCCAAACAAAAACUAUUAAUAUACUUUUUCGCUUCAUCAGUGGGGACAUCCAGCAAAGCAUUGCGAAAGGUUAGUUAUUUAUACAAAACGAAAGGGCUGAACACAACUAGCCUGUACACAGACGUUGUUUUAUUUUUCUUUUCGUUCUUUUCGAAAACAUUGGAGAGCGAGAACGAGCGCGGAGCGCGAGAAAGAAAAAUAAAGAAUUUUCUCCUUUCCCACCCCUAACCCCUUCCGCUGGCGGUCAGUAAAUCCCCCGCCGUUUUUGUUUUUUAUCACGCGCGCUCGACGGACUUUGAAUAGAAAACAGAGGAUCUGUGAACAGGCUAGAACAAAACGAAACAUAUUAAAGGUUUUUAUUGCGGUAUCAUGCAGGCAGGGAGCAUAAGUUUGAUGUUAAACAUACCAGUUAUAGAGCGACAGAUAUACUAAAGCGAAUAUAAGUCCUACUUAGACCGCGGUCUAGAACAUUUAGUGGACCUUCAGAUCUUCUCAAGUGUAGUAGGGACACCCAACGACUGUCUUCUGUUAGAAUAUUAAGCACAAUCAUUUUUUUUUCUGGAAAUUUCUAUAGAUAGCUCGGGAAACUGGGUUAAAUUAACUGUUCUACAAUUUUCUGAAAUCGGGAGGUUUAGUCAUCACUUCUUAAAAAAGGCCGGACUUCUAAAAUUUUUGCCUUUGGAAACAGUAACGGAAAGGGGUAUCGCAAAAUGGUUAGUUUCCAGUAAAAAAUUAAAAUUUAAAGCAUCAAAGAUUUUGGGACGCCCUAGGAUGACGCGAACAGAUUAAAAGUUUACAGAGCUUUCUAGAACGCAUUUGCAAAGCUUUGAAAACAAUCUAAAAAGAUAUCCUAAAAUGGUUUUUGAAGAAUAUUGUAGAAAGCCGGCGAUGGGUAUAACAGAUAUCUGAUCUUUAAGAACUGAAUAAACCUAAGUUCUAUACUUUUUCCCUUCCUCCCUAUCCCCUACCCCGUACCCCUUUCGACGCCUGCUACGCAGGCUAACGUUUUAGCUAUAGGACAGUCGGAAGUGGCCACGAGAUCUUUCACAUGAUUCGGAUGUAGGUUGUUUCAAGUAGCGUGUGUUUCUCUCCUCCUCACUAUAUAUGCCGACAUUGAUAUAUUCUAGUGCAACGAAAAAUAUUUAAAUACAAGGAUUGUGCCGAGCCAUGCAACGUGGGCCGUCUUCAUAUUUUCGUGAAAAAUUUCAGCUCCGUUAACCGAGUGAAAUUGUUCAGGCACGUUUGAACGAAAGCAGACUCGGAAAAAUGACUACGAUUUUUUUGCUAUUAAGCUUUGAAAGUUCUUUUGACAGUAACUUCAUUUAAGAUCGCAUGCAUGCAACAAUUCGUCCCUUCAGGCAUCUCCUCAUCAAAAAGUGGGCCUACAGGGUAACAAUCACUGGUGUCUGGGUUUUAACUGUAGUGUUAUCAACCGCCACUUUUAUAAUCAGACAACGAUAUGGAGAAUGGUUAUACAGUUAUGACGUAUGGCAGUCAUUCACUUGUUGAGUCAAUCGGUUAUCUAGUUUGUUUCUUACUCCUCCAUUGUUCUAAAAUUUCUGUGUGGAGCGGUGAAAUAAUUAUUGUAUGUGUCGAUCAAAAAGUAUAGGGCCGAUUUGUUUUUUGGGCUGAUUGACGAACAAAGUCCUAAUUAAAAAAAUAUGGGGGUAGACAUACUAAGCGGAAGAUGAUAAGCAAAGGAAAUUAUUCAAGGUUAGCUCACUCUUUAGUGCAAAAUUUCCAUAUUUAAAACAGUCAUGUGCAGAUAAUUUAAGACCGGAAGAUUAUUCUUCGCCGGAGUAACACUGUCCAACGCAGAUGCCUUUUACAAGCCUAACUGAUGAUUAAUUUUUCAAAUAUAGAUGCAUAUUUUUCCCAUCGCUUUAUCAGAGUAGACAUCCAGCAAAGCAUUUUGUGAAAGGUUAGUUAUUUAAAAGAAGAAAAACAAAUAGUUUUAACUUUGGUAUCAUACAAUUGAGUAUUUCUUUAAGAACAGGAUAUUUGUAUGACCUAAGUCCUGCUUAGACCACUAGUGCAAACAUUCAGAGGACCUUCAGAUCUUUUCAUGUGGUAGAGGCACACAAAGACUUUUUUCUGUAGAAUAUCUGUUCAACGAAACUCAAUAUUGUCUGUAGAUUCCUAUAGCUCGAGAUAGGUUUAAAAUUCUUAGAUGAAUGUUCCAUUGUUUGUCUCAGUUUCUGGAAUUCAGUCUGUUAAUGUUUCUACGAUUAACUGAAUUUCGGUUUUUACCUUUCUUUUCCCAGGUUUAGUCAUCAUUCGUAAACUUGAAGGACUACCGGAAUUUUUGGCUUUCUGAAACAAUAACGGAAAGAGGUAUUCGGAAAAAGAUAAGCUUAGAACGCGCGCAUUUUCAGAGCUAUAAGAGCACUCUUACUAACUGAAGUAUUUGGAAAGAACUUUUAUAUAUCUAAAGCUCGUUAAAACGAGCACAUUUUGCAAGUCCCUUAGCCCACUGUUAUAUCUAGCUUCCACUGUAUAUUGCCUUAUAAGCUGCUGUCGAGCUCACUAUAGACGUCAGACCUAAUUUCCUUCGUUAAGUCGUAAGGUUUUAUUAAUUUGGCGGAAGAACUUGUUGCGACCCGUAUUGGAGUUACAAGACAAAAAACAUUGAAGAUUGAGUUUUAAAAUAAAUGGUGGCCAAUUCAUUUGACACGAGCUACGUCACAUAAAAAAUAUAUGUAUAGAGCUAACAUGACAAGACGUUCGGUUGACUUUGAAAUUGGUAGAAGAUAACUGACAAUGCAAUCGACUUUUUCCAUUCACGCUAUAGAUAAUUGAUUGUCUUAAAAGGGUUAGCUGAAAUGGUCAGUCAUUCUUAUAUUCAGGUGAACAAGCGCCGGCGUCAGUUAGUUAAUUAUUCACCUGAAAACUAUAUAUCAAACAUUUAUAUUAUCGCCCUCAGUUUUUAGUCAACUGAUUGUAAUGUCCCCUCACACGCCUUUGAUAUUUUCUUCCACAGGACAAAGCAACUAACCAACCAACCGAAAAACUUUUAGUUAAGGUGAGCAUUUUUGCAUACUUUUAUCAGACAAUUACAGAUCAAAUAAUGUUUUAACGGAACUUUAAUCAUAUACAAGUUAAAAAAAUACAAUUUAAAGAAACGGUUCGUGUUUGUUUAGUGCUCGAAUGAUAGACCGCGCGGCGAUAUAAUCAUUGCGAGUGCCGAUCAAGUAGGGUCCAUUUAAUGUGGGCUGAUUGAAAGAGAAAGUUGAAUUUAACAACUGAAAGUUUAAUUCAGAACCUUUUUUUAAGGCGGUACGUAUAUUAAGCGGUAAAAAGAAGGCAAUUAUUUAAGUAUUUUAUCUUAAGUGCGAUAUUUCCAAAAACAGGUGUUCAGAUAAUUUAAGACCUUAUUAAUCGAGCCGGACGUUAUUCUUCGCCGUAGUAACAUCCAACGCAGAAGCCUUUUAAAAGCCUAAUUGAUAUUUUGCAAACUCGUUUUCCGCUUCGUCAGUGGAGGCAUCUAGCAAAGAAUUUUGUGAAAGUUUGGUUACACAUAAGAAGAAAAGGAAAUGCAAGUCUAUCAUAGAGUUGAGCAUUUAUAUAAGAACCGCAUAUUUUUAAACCUAAGUCCUCACUGUUUAGGUCAUUCAUAGGACUUUUGGAGCUUUUCAAACAUGUGGUAGGGACCGGUGCAACGGUUGAAUUUUUUCUGUAGAAAAGCUAUUCGAAGAGGCAAAGAAUUGUCUGGAAAUUUCUAUAGCUCGAGAAAGAAAAUUCUAGAUAAAAAAUUUUCAUUCGCCUCAGUUUUUUGAAGCUUUAAGUUCAUUAAAUUUUCUAUGAUUUUCUGAUGUUGGAGUUUUGACCUUUAACUUCCCAGGUUUAGUCAUCAUUCGCAAAAAAGGACAACUAAAAUUUCCCCUUUGGAAGAAACUGUAACGGAAAGGGGUAUCGGAAAAUGUUGAGUUUUCAGUAAACUAUACAAAAGUAUCAAAGAUUUUUAGAACAGUAAUAAAAAGGAGGUAUUAAAUUCGCAUAGACUCAGGGGCGGAUCCAGGAUUUUUUUUAGGAGGGGGUGCACUCGUCUCUUGCUCUACGUCAACACCAAUAAACCAAAUAGUUUUUUUUUGCAGAAUACCAGUUGUAUUAUUGUAUUAUUAAUUUUAUAGUGCCUCUUAGAAAGCAUUUGCAAAGCUUUAAAAAAAUCUAAAAAGAUAUCCUAAAAUCAUUAUAAUAGGAUUUUUGAGAAGGCUGGCUUUGUGUAUGGUGGGUUGUUUCAAGCAGCGCCAUGUUUCUCUCGCUCCUCACUAUAUAUGCCUACACAUAAAUGCUCGCAAUGUUUAAAUAAAGGGAUUAGCCGAGCUGAAAGUUACUUAGGCUCUCUUCAUUUUUUCAUAUGAGAAAUUUCAGUUCCGUUAACCGAGUGAGAUUGCGCAACUUUUGCAUUUGGGAAAAGAAAGCCUUUUGGACUGAGUUGUGUCUAUAACUGCGAUGAUCUUCUUUCAUGCAUAUAAUUGUUUCAGUGUAUAGUUCGCAUCAACGUAGAAAAACUAUGAUAUUUUCUUAUCAGUAGCUCUCAAAGUUCCUUGACAAUUCCCUUUUCAAAAUCAAGAGUUCCCUUUUUAUGAUAACCUUCAUAGCCUACAAAACAGGAAAACACCAUUAAACUUCCUUUGUUUCAGCAGAGACGCAUGCAGAAUAAAAACUAAUUUUAACCGUUUGUCGCAACAACCGAUACUGUCGAUCAGCGUCCUAAUGUAUCUCUAUUAGCGAUCUUUGCGGAACUAACAUCAACCCUCUUUGUCCACGUUCUCAACUGAAAUUUUUUUUUCAAGUUCUUCUGAAAGGUAUAGACAAGCAACAGAGAGAAACAGGGAAUUAAAAGUGUGAAGCGAAAAAAUAGCAAGCCAUGAUAUCAUCCCAGUGCAUCACCUGGUUCGCUGUAGUCCUUACCAUGUCUGUUGCUAUAAGUAACAUUGAACCUUACCUAUCAAUCGUUCUUUUUAUCAAAAAAACGCAGUCUUCCCACUCGUGCCAAAUUGUACCUAGUCAUAAAGCUGACCUUAGUUGAUAUGUUUGUCGGAGGAUUUUCUCACUCUUCUACGUAUACCCUACUAAAUGCGACAUUGUGAAAUUUCCGCACUUUACCCUGGAACUGACAUUAACAACUGGCUCUCUCUUCGUCUGGUUUCCUCUGACCUCUCUUACAAACAUUGUAAUGAUUUCAUUGGAACAGAUGCAUGCAACAAUUCGUCCCUAUACAGCUCUUUUGCAUCGCCUCAUUAAAAAGUGUGAGUCUACGGGGUAACAAUUGCUGCUUUUGUCUGGGUUUUACCUGCAAUGUUUAUUACACUAAUCCUUAAGAAUCGAAUGUUUAACCAAAUUCCUAUAUUUAGCACAUCUUGUGGACCUUCAGUCUUUUCAUGUGGUAGCUUGAGGCACCCAACGACUGGUUUCUGUGAAAUAGCUGUUCGAAGAAGCACAUAUUAUCUAGAGAUUUCUAUAGCUCGAAAAAGUUAAAAAUUCAUGGAUGAAUGUAUCAUUCAUCUCAGUUUUUCGAAGUUUUCAGUCUAUUAACUUCUCUGAUUGAAGUUGGGAAUGGCUUUUCACUUUUCACUUGUCUUCCCAUAUUUGGACAUCAUUCUCAAAAAUGGACUACUUAUAAUAAAUUUUGGGCUUUAAAAUCAGUAACGGAAAGAUGUAUAUCGGAAAAUGUUGAGUUUUCUGUAUAUUAAAUAGCAUCAAAGAUUUUCGAAGAAGAACUAGCGUGUUAAUAAAUUCGCAUCGGCUGAAGAAGCCCAGGGAUGACCAAACAGAUACAAAUUUUAUAGAGUUUCAUAGAACGCAUUUUCAGAGCUGCUUUUUAAAACAACAAUCUUAAAGAUAUCGUCAAAUGGUUUGAGUAAAUUUUGGAGAGAGGCGGCGUCGGAUAUGGUGGGCGGGUUGUAGAGCGAUGUUUCUCUCCUCCUCACUAUAAUAUAUACUUACCUAAAAAUACUUGCAAUGGAAAAUGUUAAAAUACAAGGUUUGUCUGAGCUAAGCUGCGACUUAAGGCCCUCUUCAGUCAUAUUUUCAUGAGAAAUUUCAGCUCCUUUAACCGAGUGAAAUUGUUAACGAAGAGUAUGCAUGAAACAUCUAAUUUUUUCCGGUCUCAAUAUGGACAUUCGAUUGUUUUAGAAGGUUUAAUUGAAGUGAUAUGAGGGAUAGUCACAGUUUCAUUUUGGUGAUCAAUUACUCCCUACAUACCAAACAGACCUUCAAUAUUUUUAAAGAGCGAAAUAAAAAUGUUAAAAAAGUAUUAAUGUAAUAGAUUCAAAUACAAUUUUAGCCACAGUUAGAUUAUUGUUAGUUAACUAGUUAGUUAGUAGUACCCUUUGCAUUUUACCGCGAACAUUUUUUGCUCCUGAUGUAAUAACAUAUGUUUAGCUGCAUAUAUCUAGCCGGAUUUUUGAAAACGUUAUCGUCAAAUGGACCUUUCCGUCCAACAAUUUUUUUCGGCCAAAAACUAUAUCCAAAGUAGCUCAUUAUAAAAACUAAGAGUGCAACCAUUGCUUUUUUUCUUCUCUUCCUUUCCUGAUCUCCUCCGUCGCUCUUUCUUAUUCUCCUUUCCUUUUCCUUCGUUACUGUGAUUUUGGAGCCGUUCUCGGGCUUAAGAAACCUGCCUUUUGACGCCUUUUCAGUCAAAUGACUGCAAAUUUCGUUAGGUUGGUUUUCCAAAAAUCAGUUAGAUAUGCUAAAAAAUUUAUUUUAUCAGCAGAUGUAGAGCCAUUUUCUUUGGAAAUGUUGAAAUAAACCACCGCCAUUAUAAUAAUAAUUAUUAUUAUUAUUAUACUCAGGUGAACGAGUGCGGACGUUAAUUAGUUUUAAAAAAUAUCCCUUAGCUUUUAGUCAACCAAUUUAUCCUAAUCUCCCCUCAAACGUCACUGCUUUUUUCCACAGGUGAAAACAAGGGUUUUCACUUCAUCUUUUGUGAAGGCAAUAAAAAAACUGUAAGUCAAAGGUGAGCUUCCUAAUUUGUCGAAUUAUUAUUCAUGUAUCUUCAUUACUGAUCUUUGAAAAACAGACGUCAACCUUGGUUGUUCACCUCCUACUUUUCUUUUCUAAUUAACCAAACUUUAUUCAAUUCAAAUUCUUUCUAAAGGUAGACGAACAACAGAAGAGAACGGGCAGAAGUGUCAAACGAGAAGAAGUAAAAGAAAACAAGUCAUGUUAUUUUCUUCAUCCGAGUGCAUCACCUGGUUUGCUGUAAACCUUACCGUGUGUGUUGCUAUAGUAACAGUGAACCUUCUAUCAAUCAUUGUUUUUAUAAAAAAACGCAGUCUUCGAACUCGUGCCAUGUACCUAGUUAUAAACCUGACAGUAGCUGAUAUGUUUGUCGGAGGAUUUUCAAACUUUUCUUUAUUUCGAUUCCUCUCACUAUACUCAUGCGACAUUGUGAAAAUGAACUUAAGCCAGGAACUGAUUGUGAUAAUUGACUUUCUCUUCGUCUGGUUUCCUCUGACCUCUCUAACAACCAUUGCAGCGGUUUCAUUGGAUCGGAUGCAUGCAACAAUUCGUCCCUUCAGGCAUCGCCUCAUCAAAAAGUGGGUCUACGGGGUAACAAUUACUGGUGUCUGGGUUUUAGCUGCAAUGGUAUCAACUGCCUGUAUAAUACUUCGACACUAUGGGGAAGAAUGGUCACAUCAUCUUUACUUAUUGGAAUCAUUCCAUUGUUUGUGUCUAUUUGUUAUCUGUGUUUCUUACUCUUCUAUUGUUGUUAAAUUUUUGUGUGGAGCGCAUCCCCAGCACCAUGGUGCAGCCAACAGACAAAGGAAACUGACCGUAACAUUAUUCAUAAUGACUAUCCUAUCCUUACUGCUGUGGCUACCAUAUGCGGUUUUUGUUUUUGUUUCUUAGCAAUCUAGUAUUAAGAAAUUCCCUUCUGUCCAGGAAUUAGUACGUUUUGAUUUUUCUUUAAGCAUUCUGUAUUUUAUGAACUCGCUUGUUAAUCCCAUCGUUUACACAAUCAGAAUGCCAGAGUUCAGGAAAGCUCUCCUGCUGUUAUUUAAACGUCAACGAAGACAAAAUGCCCGAGAUAUUCCUCUUCGUGCGCUUUAA